AUGCCCAACAUCGCGAACACCGCCUCCACUGCCAAAUUGGAAAGGAUGUGGGUAUUUUUAGUCUUUGUGGUUGAUCACCGCCGAUCUUGUGUGAUAAGCCGCCGUGCUGCGACUGACCCUGGUUUGCCUCCUGUACACCAAGUUCCGAAUAAUGAUCGUCCUGCUGGGGAUGCCCAAGCGCCCGAUAUCAAAUCGAAUUUCGAAAUUCCAGAGACCACCGCGCGCGGAAGCUCACAAAGAGCUCCUAUCCGGUUAUGUCCUCGUGCCGAGGCCAUGCGGGGUCACCCUGGUCACCCUAUCAAAAUCACCAGCAAAGACAGUUCCAUCAUCGCACAAUCUAGUCAAUCAUAUCCUGCGGCUCCAGAAUACUCGAUUCACACCAGGCAAGGUCGAGGUAGGCAAUUAACAACAUCCUCAGUUAGACGUGCAAUCCAGAACUCCACUUUGGUGGAAUACCUUCGAUUUGUUGGGUUACGCGCAAAAAUGAUUAAAAAAGUGCUUCCCAUUUUAAAUGCGCAAAGCAUUGAUGAUUUUCAUUACUUCAUGUUUCUUGAUCACAUCACCGCUGAACAUAUGAAUGGUUGGGGUAUUCCAUAUGGUAUACGCAUGCAACUGUUGAUUCAUGCAGAAGCUUUCUUCCAACAUGUCAAGAACCAAAAUUGA